UGAGUUGAUGUGUAGAUAUGAAGAAGUUGAAGUUGUUUGGAAUGAAAAGUCACGACUGUCAUGUGUUUAUGCAGAGGUUAAUACCAAUUGCAUUUCGUGAGUUGCUCCCGCUAAAUGUUUGGAAAGUUCUUACAGAGUUGAGUUUAUUCUUUAAGAACCUUACUUCCACUACAAUUGCAGUUGAGGAAAUGACGAAGCUUGAGAAUGACAUACCUCUCAUUCUAUGUAAACUUGAACGUAUAUUUCCUCCUAGUUUCUUCGACUCUAUGGAGCAUCUACCAAUCCACUUAGCUUAUGAAGCAAAGAUUGCUGGUCCAGUUCAAUAUAGGUGGAUGUAUCCAUUUGAGAGAUAUCUUCGAAAAUUGAAAAAUAAUGUCAAAAAUAAAGCGAAGGUCAAGGGUUCUAUAUCCAAUGCAUAUUUGGUGGAAGAAGCAUCAUCGUUCUGUUCAUACUAUUUUGAGGAUCAUGUUAGCACGAAGCACAGAAAUGUGCCUCGAAAUGCGGAUAGUAGUGAAUAUAGAGUUGAUGAACAUGAAGAAACUCUUUCUAUAUUCAAGUAUCCGGGUCGAGCAUUUGGCAAAGCAAAAACGAGAUAUAUGACAGAUGAAGAGUAUAAAGCUGCUCAAACCUAUGUGUUAUUAAAUUGUUCAGAAGUGGAGUCAUUUAUUGAGGUUUAUAUUGAGGAGUUAAAGAGGAGUCAACCAAACAUUUCCAGUACUACCAUUGAUGGUAAAUUGGAAAAUGAAUUUGCAAAUUGGUUCAAUGACUAUGCACAUGAUCCUUCAAAUAACAUUUCAAACAAAUUUAUAAAGGAUCUUGCAAAAGGGCCACUAAGAUGUGUUAAUACAUAUUCAGGGUAUUAUGUGAAUGGCUUUAAAUUUCACACCAUUAGUUAUGGUGGAGCUAAAGAAACAAUGAAUAGUGGAGUUUGCAUAAAAGGAAUAAACUAUAGUAUAGAUGAAAGUGAUUAUUAUGGCCGGUUGGUAGAAGUUGUACAAGUAGAGUACCCAGGCUUACCAGUCAAGAGGACAAUAUUAUUCAAGUGUGAGUGGUUUGACCCGACAAGUGUGGGCAUGAAGGUUCAUUCUCAGUAUAAACUUGUGGAAGUUAAUCAUAAGCGUAGAUUUAAUCGCUAUGAACCAUUCGUUCUAGCAAUGCAAGCCGCUCAGGUUUAUUAUUGUACAUACCCAAGUUUGCGGCGCGACAAGCUUGAUUGGUGGGCUGUUUGCAAAAUUAAAGCGAGAUCUGAAAUAGUAGUUCCUGAAUCGUCUAUAUCUACGGAAGAAUCACAAAUACCUCCACCAUUUCAAGAGAAAACUACAGACAAUCAUGAUCUCAUGCAAAUAGAUGAAGACCCAUUGCAUUUAAAUGACUCAAAUGGUGGGGUAAUAGAAUUUGAUGAGGAACAUGGUGACAUCGAAGAUGAACUUGAGUUAGAGGAAGAAAUAGCUGACUCAAGUGGAGGUUCAGAAAUAGGAGAUAGUGAUAAUGGUAUUGAUAGUUUAUGA